AUGGGCAAGGACAAGGACAAGAAGAAAGACAAGGAUGGCGAGCUCGAGGCGUCGGAAGACAUCCCCAACUUUUACUGCCGACGCAACCCCACGAUCCCACGUCAGAACCAGCCGAGGCCGUACGCCUUCUUGCAGCGCAUCCUCAGCGAGCAUCGUAUUCGGACCGAGGAUGACUUCGAAGAAGGACAGAGCAUGGAAGAGGUCAGCAAAUCACUCGCUGCGACCUCGGUGUCCAAUCACGAUGGCUCACUGGAUUCGAUAACGGUUCAAGCUGGCGACGGUGCCAUAACGGCCGUGCAGAAUGGACUCAAUCUUCGCGAGACUGCCAGCACAUUGGCUGAAGCCUCGGGGGCAUCCGACGCAGGUCAAGCCACGUCGGACUCAGUCAGCUCAUCGAGCACCUUCAGCUCCCGUUCGGCAGCAUCCGACAAGACCGAUGUCGAGGAAGAGCUUCCGUGGUUCUCACAGCUUUCGGCGUAUCCGCAGCUGAGGUCUGCGGGCAUUCCGUUGGUGCCGGACGAUGCCUUUUCCAGCAAGACGGGCGGUCUCAACGCAUCUUCUACUAAGAAGCGUCAGAACACGGCGGCCUCGAUUGCGUCAGCUUCCAUGAGCAGUCUCAACGGCAGCCAGAAGGCAAGCUCCUCAUCUUCGGCCUCGACGUCACUAUUCGGUUCUGGGUCUUCUCCCCUGUCACGCGUCACCUCACCCAAGACCGCCUCGACUUCGACCAUGGAGUCAUUCCCACGCAGCGGCUCCCCCGCAUCGCUCAAUGGAGCUUUCUCAGCACCCAUCACAUCCACGACUUCGUCCCAGCUCGAAUCGGACGCGAAGCAGUCGGCAGCAUCAAUAUCAAAUUCCAUCAAGGCAAUGCCCGCAACAGCGAGCAACGGUGCAACAGCCCCAUCAGUACCGCGCAUCGUCCCCUUCGCCCAACCUGCACUCAAUGGCGCAUCUACGAACUCAGCCCCAAACCCGCCUCCCGACUUCCAAGAAGACCUCCUCCCACCGGACAACUUUGCCAUGGUCAACUCGCACGUCUACCGCUCCUCCUUCCCCAAAAAGAAGCAUUUUCCCUUCCUCCGCACUCUUGGCCUGCGUUCUGUUCUGACGCUCAUCCUCGAAGAGUACCCCGAGACCAACUCGACCUUCCUCGACACCAACGGCAUCACCUUUUUCCAGUUUGGCAUUCCGGGCAACAAGGAGCCAUUCGUUUCGAUCCCUACGGACAAGAUCACCGCUGCUCUGGUCACCAUUUUGGACCGUCGCAACCAUCCUAUGCUGAUACACUGCAACAAGGGAAAGCAUCGGACCGGAUGCUUGAUUGGGUGUUUGAGGAAGCUGCAGCAGUGGAGUCUCACCACCAUCUUUGACGAAUAUAGGAGGUUCAGCUGGCCAAAGAGUCGAAGCAUGGACCAGGAGUUUAUCGAGCUGUACGACGAAAGGGCGGUUUGGAGGGAUAUCGAUGUAAGGUGGUUGCCAAAGUGGUCGGUGCUACCACUGGCGUCGCUGAACCUGCAUAAUAAGACGAGGAAGAUCGAGGAUCUAGAAGACGAGAUCGACGGUGUCAACGAUCAGGAUGGGGGAGAAGGUUCGUAUCAGGACUCGCUGACGAUAUGGAGAGGCAUGUGA